AUGUUGGAUUACUGUUCUUAUGAAUAAUUUAUUACAUAAAUAUAAUUGAUUGGAUAACCCGAAGAUUAUUUUAAAAAAUAAGAAUUAUCAUAAUUAAAAUAAAAUAUAUUUUUUAUAGAAGUUAUAGAUGAUUAAGGCUAAAUAUAUUAGUAAUUUAUAUAUAAAAAAUAAAAAUAUAAAAAGAAUUAUAAUUUUAUUAUUUAAAAUAUAAAAAAGGCUUAGAAGAAGAUACUAAGACUUUUUAUAAUUAGACAAAUAAGUAAGCUUAUAUUUUUUGUAAAAAAAAAAAUAGUUAUAAUUAUUAAAAAAAAGGUUUAAAAAUAAAUAAAUGAAUUAGAAAUAUAUGAUUUGUAGCUACCAACCUUUCCUAAAUAAGAAAAUGAAGCUCCUGCUGAGAACUUAUUGAUAUUUUUCAAUUAAUAUUUUAAUUAAUAUAUAUUUAAAAAUAAAAAAUUAACAGAAAGUUAUCCAGUAAGGCUUUUUUUAGAAAUAUCUCGCAUUAAUCAUUAUGGUCAUUAAAAAUAUAAAGAAUAAUUCAUGAAAAAGAAAGCCGGAGGAAGAAGUAAUGAAAAUAGAUGUGUUAGAUGCGGAGUUUUUUGGGGAAAAUGGAAUAAAAGAUAUUUUUGCAUCACUUCAGAUGGAAUAUCUAUAUCUAAAGAUGUUAUAUAAGAAAAAUGUUAAAUACGUGAAGUUAUUAUGUUCGAUUAUGAUUUUUCGGUUGAAUAUGGUAAAUUUUCCACUGGAUAUAAUAGAGGGAUUAGUAUUAAUUCUAGCAAUAGGAGAUUAUUAUUAGAAGCUUGUGACUUAUUUUCGUUUUUUGAUUUUCUUUUUGCAUUAAAAUAGGCUAUGUAACAAAGUCCUUAUUUAGGUAUUCAUAGAUUCGCUUCAUAUUCCCCGGAAAGGGAAAAAAAUGACUGCGUAACAUAUGUUGAUGGCGAAGAUUAUUUCAAGGAAUUAUAUAAAUGCUUAAAAAAAGCUGAGAGAGAGAUAUUUAUUACCGAUUGGUGGCUUUCUCCUUAAUUUUAUUUGGUAAGACCUGUAGGAGAAAAUGAAAAUAACUAAACCAGAAUUGAUUUAAUUUUAAGUCAAAAAUCUCGAUAAGGUAUAAAAAUAUAUAUCAUAGUUUAUAGAGAGCCUAAAAUCGCUUUAACAAUAAAUUCUUAAUUUACAAAAUAUAAUUUAAUUAAUUCAUCAUCAGCAUAAAAAAAUAAUAUUAAAAUAUUAAGACAUCCUAGUACUUUAUACCCUUUCAUGUGGUCUCACCAUGAAAAAAUGGUUAUUAUUGAUUAAAAAAUAGGAUUUAUGGGAGGUUUAGAUAUCUGUUAUGGAAGAAUGGAUAAUUCUAAUCAUUUUUUAUAUGAUUAUCAUGAAAUUAAUGGUAAAAAUUCCUUUUGGCCAGGAAUUGAUUAUUGCAAUUCUAGAAUGAAAGACUUUCAAGAUGUGAAAAUUUAUAAUAAACCUGAAAUUGAUAAAUCAAAAGACCACAGAAUGCCAUGGCAUGACGUCGCCAUAAAAGUAAAAGGAAAAGUAGUUACUGAUAUGACUAGACAUUUUAUUUAAUAUUGGAAUUUUGCUUAAUAAGAUUUAGAGUCUUAAAAAGGAAAAGAAUAAUAUUAAAUACUUAGAAUAAGAUAACAAAGUAUGAAUAUGACUGAAUAGAAAAAUACAAAUAAGUUUUUUGAUAAAGUAAAAAAUAAAUGGGAAAAAUUCAAGCACAACAUACUAAAUAGAAAUGAUAAAGAAGUAAAAAAAUAAAUAUAGUUUUAAUAAAAAUAAGCUUAGAAAGCAAAGUAAAAUAUAAAUAAUAAUAAAAAUAUAAAAAAUAAAAAAAUAGGAUCUCAUUCGGAAUGCAUAUCAUAUUAAAAUUCUUAAUUGGAUGAACAAUAUAUAAAAAUAUUAGAAGAAGCCGUUGAAAAUAAAGAUGAUGACAUAAAAAAUGGUUUUUAUUAAUAAAAAAGUUCCUAAUAGGAACAAAACAUUUUGAACACGUAAACAUUAAAAUUAAAGAAAAAUGUAUCUUCAUAAUCUUCAUCAUCGUCUAGUGAAGAAGACCAAAAUGAAAUAUUAUUAAAUAAUUUACAUAGUAGAAAAGUUUCUAAGGGGACAAAUAAUUGUUAAAUGUUAAGAUCUAGCAGUAUUUGGUCUUGUGGAAUAAAAGAUACAGAAUGUAGUAUCCAUAUGGCUUAUAUUCAUUUAAUUGGACAGGCUCAACAUUUUAUUUAUAUUGAAAAUUAAUUUUUUAUAAGUAAUUUAGCAGGAGAACCUGUCACAAAUAACAUUGCUUUGGCUUUGGUUGCUAGAAUAAAAUAAGCAUUUUUAAGAAAUGAGAAGUUUAGAGUUUUUGUUGUUCUUCCUUUACUUCCUGGAUUUUAAGGAGAAAUAGAUGGUAGUAACUCCGGAGUUUUAAAAAUUUAACUACAUUGGGAAUAUUUAACAAUUUGUAGAGGAGGAAAUUCUAUUUAUGAAACUUUAUAAAGAGAAGGAAUUUCUGAUCCUGAAAAAUAUAUUUCUUUUUAUGGAUUAAGGACACAUGCGAAAAAAGAAGGAUGUAUUCCUGUAACUGAGAUUGUAUAUGUCCAUAGUAAGUUAAUGAUUGUGGAUGAUAAAAAUUUAAUCAUUGGUUCUGCUAAUAUUAAUGAUAGAAGUAUGAAAGGAUCAAGAGAUUCUGAAAUUGCAAUGUUUGUUCAAGAUUAAGAUUUAAUUGAAAGUAAAAUGAAUGGAAAAUAAUAUAUGGCAAGUAAAGUUGCGUUUAAUUUAAGAAUUAAACUCUUCUAAGAGCAUUUUGGACUUAGCUUUUAAUAAUUAAUUGAUCCUUUAAGUGAAGAUAUGUUUAAUAAUAUAUGUUAGAAUUGUAAAAGAAAUACAGAAAUAUAUAGAGAAGUCUUUAGAUGUUAUCCUGAUGAUAAUAUUAAAACUUCUAAUGAUUUCCAAGAUUUUUAAAAGACUAGAAAUUUAGAUAAAUAUGAUUAAUUAAAAAAUUAAAUUGUAGGAUUUGCUGUAGAGUUUCCUAAAUAAUUUUUAUAAGACGAAAAUUUGGAGUUAAGAAUUUCUUAAAGAGAAUAUUUCUGUCCUUCAAUUAAUUUUACAUGA